AUGGUGGAAUUCGGCUCGAUAACCCCGGCGAUGCCGCCGCCACCGGGGCAGUCGUCAAAUUUCAUCAACCCUGAAUACAUCGGCACGAAAUUCCUGGUGGUCAACUGUGUAUUUCUGCCGCUUUCUGCCAUCGCAUUGCUGGUGCGGACAUGGACUCGCCUUUUCAUCGUGCGUAGUUUCCGGUCGGAUGAUUAUUUGAUGAUUUUUGCCUGGAUUCUGUCAUGUGUGCUGACAGGGGUGACACUUGAAAUGCUCAAUCGAGGCCUGGGAAGACAUAUGUGGGAUGUGCACGCGACGGAUUAUUCUCCAUGGUUCCUGAAGUUGAACAUGAUCUCGGCCAUCUUCUACUGCGCUGCCACCGGAUUUACCAAAGUCUCCGUCCUAAUUUUCUACGUUCGCAUCUUCCCAACUCGAACGUUCCAUAUCUGCGUCUGGGCCAUUGCAGCCAUUGCGGUUCUAUACAACGUGGCGAGCGUUUUCGCCAAUUUCCUGGGCUGCACUCCCAUUGCGAAGACCUGGGACAUGACAAUAACGAAAGGCACCUGCAUGAACCGCCCGGUAUUCUACUUUGCCAAUGCCGGGUUGGGAAUCUUCACAGAUUUUGCGACUGUUCUGGUUCCAAUUCCCUGGCUCCGUCGAUUGCAGAUGCCGUUGCGCCAGAAAAUCGCCGUUGCUUUGAUCCUGGCAACGGGAUGCUUUGUGGGAAUUGUUAGCUGUGUCCGUCUAGCGACUCUCUACGACUUGCUCAAAAGCCCGGAUCUGACCUGGGCCACCACCGACGCCCUAAUGUGGUGCACGAUCGAGCUAAACCUCGGCAUCACGGGGGGUUGCGUGACAGCCAUGCGUCCAUUCGUUCGCCGGUAUUUCCCCCGAUUAUUAGGCCUAUCCAGCGCCGAGAAUACGUCACGCUCGAAAAAGUACGCGCACCCUCUGGGAUCCAUUCCUCGCUCGCAGCCGGACUUUGCGACCCCGCGAGAUCACCAGUAUUCGACAACCGCCCACGCUCAUAACGAUAGCGAGGAGUACAUUCUGUCGCCGUCUCCCGGUCCCAAAGAAGACGGAAUCCUGCGCACUGUGGAGUUUGACAUUGAGAACUCCGGGAGACGUUAA